AUGCAUAAAGUCACAGGACUCAUGAUUGGGCUCUCAGCCAUUUUACCUGCACUCGCAACGCCUACAGGCCACACCAAGAACUGUGUCCAACUCCAAAUUCCCGUGACGGCUUCAGCCAACAAUACCCGUUACAAUUCCGUCAAAGUUGAAAGCAACAUCGACCUCGUGGACUUUAUCUGGGACACUUCCACCUGGUCGCAUGCCAACAGAAGUACCGAGGUCCUUCCUGUUCAGGGAACUUACUCCAUCAGCGCUCAACUCUGCAUUCCUGCCGAUUGCAAGAAGUCGGACGUGUUGCAGAUUGCGACCCAUGGAUUUGGCUUUGAUAAGAGCUACUGGGAUCCUGAGUUCAAGCCUGAGGAGUACUCCUAUGUCGACGCUGCUCUCGCGAAAGGUUACUCCGUCCUUACUUAUGAUCGCCUCGGAACUGGCAAGUCUACCAAAGCCGACGGAUAUAACGAGGUCCAGCUUGGAUUACAAGUCGCGAUCCUGAAAGAACUCACGGUUCUUGCGCGGGACGGAAACCUUCUGAAAUCAUCCAAGAUCACCGUUAAACGUCCCCAGAAGGCUUUCUACGAUUACAAGCCCGAGAAAGUAGUUCACAUCGGACACUCCUUCGGCUCAGCCACCACAAGUGGUCUUCUCUCCCUCCAUGGCAAUCUCAGCGACGGCGCUAUCCUGACUGGCUUUCUUCCUAACAACCAACGUGGCAAGGUCGGGGCCAAUGCCUUUGGCUUUGAGUUUGCGCGACAGCACGACCCCAAGCGCUUCGGCGAUCGUCCUGCCGGAUAUGUCGUACAGGCCAGUAUGAGCAGUAUCCAGCAGAUCUUCCUCAAGAAGGGAUCUUUUGAAGUAGAAGCGCUUGAGUAUGCUGAGAAGACUAAACAGACUGGCACCGUUGGAGAGUUGUCCUCUGGUCUUAUCGGGCAGCCUGUCACUGAGUUCAAAGGCCCCCUCCAGUACUUUAUUGGCGAGAAUGACUACCCUUUCUGUGAUGGCGAUUGCAACAACACCUAUGAUAUGGAAACGCUCAAGGGUCUUAAUCCCGCAGCGUCUCAUAUCGAUGUACACUUGCAGCCCGGUACAGGCCAUGGUCUCACACUUUCUACUAAUGCCACAGCGGGUUAUGAAGUUAUGCUAGCCUACUUGGGCUCUCAAGGUCUUUAG